CCUACCAAGGUCGGUGGGGUGGCUUUGCAGAGAGAAGUCCGACAUGUCAAUUUUUCUACUCGGUAUGCUACUACCCUAGUACAGACUCGGAGUGGCCUCGAAGCUCUACUAGUAGUAUCUAUCUUCCCCCGAUAUGUGGCCGCCAAUUGCGAGCUUUCAAAGCCGUUGCCCUAGGAUCUCCGUCUCCUUCUCGAACAUACUUGAUCUGCAAUUGGAUUAGUGACAACCCAUAGGUGGAGACUUCCUCUGCAUAUUCCCCAAGCUCCCAGGAGGCAAAAUCUUACAAAUCUGUCCUUGCUUUUGCUGUCGAUACUGACCCCGUGGGCCCGUAUCCUUCACCGCUGCUCACUGCCUUAUUUAAAAGUAGUUCGGUCCCUCCCUCUACGUGCAGCGCUAAAACUCCACAUUCUUUCUCUCCAUUUAUCAAUCUUGAAGUUCUUUCAUAGAUAGCUACCAAAGAUGUCUCUCGGCAAGACUUUUACCUUGAACACUGGAGUCAAAAUCCCUACCCUGGGUUUUGGAACAUGGCAAGCGGAGCCUGGCCAGGUUAAGGAUGCGGUUUUCGAAGCUUUGAAGGCUGGUUAUCGUCACAUCGAUCUUGCCAAGGUGUACGGCAACCAGAAGGAGAUUGCCGAGGCAUUCAAGGACGCAUUUAACGGAGGUGUUCCCGGUCUGAAGCGUGAGGAUGUUUUCAUCACAUCCAAGCUCUGGAACUCGCAGCAUCGCCCAGAGCACGUCAGCGCCGCUCUAGACGAUUGUCUUGCUGAGCUCGGACUGGAGUACCUCGACCUCUACCUGGUACAUUUCCCGGUCGCCUUCGAUGAGCCCAGCAACCCCAACGAGCAGCUGUUCCCGAUGCAAGAGAGCUCCAGCCACCCUGAUGGCGAUGUCAAGAUGUUCGACGGCGUCUCGAUUGUCGACACCUGGAAAGCAAUGACCCAGCUGCCCAAGUCAAAGGCCCGGGCCGUCGGUGUAUCCAACCACACGAAGGAGCAUCUCCAAGCUCUUAUUGAUGGAACUGGUGUGACACCCGCCGCAAACCAGGUCGAGCGCCAUCCAAGACUACUUCAGUCCGAGCUUAUCGAGUUCUGCAAAGAGAAGAACAUUCACAUCACAGCAUACUCUGCAUUUGGUAACAACAUGCUUGGUGUUCCGCUGCUGGUUCAGCACAACACCAUCAAGGAGAUUGCCAGCCGCCUCGGUGCUUCCCCUGCUCAAGUCAUCCUUGCCUGGUCCCAGGUUGGUGGCCACAGUGUGAUCCCCAAGUCCGUGACCGCAUCCCGCAUCCAAGAGAACUUCAAGGAGAUCGAGCUCUCCAAGGAGGACUUUGAUGCUGUUGAGAACAUUGGAAAGGUCGAGCCUAGGCGAUUCAACAUCCCAUACAUUGCCAACAAGCCUAGGUGGCCCGUCAACAUCUUUGGAACUCCUGAAGAGCAGGAGGCUCCCCACAAGGUCAUUUUGUAAGCCCAGGCGGUGGAUGACUUGAGAUGUGUAUUUACUAUUAUAAUGAUAGCAUAAUAGCAAAUCACUCAAUAAUAUAGCAAAGGUCUUGUCUUGACAGAAGAGGGGAAGUGAAGAUAGGAUCACUGCUACAGUCACGUGCCGGUAUUGAGUACAAUCCCGAAUGAACCGACAUAGUGAAGUAAAAUAAUAUGAUUAGAUAGCGUAC